CUCACUAGAGCUCUUGCAAGGAAGAUGGCUGACAAAGCUAAUUUAGAGAAGGUAGCUUUGGAAAAUCGUGUUGAAAAUAUGGAAAAUACUUUGAAGGAAUUGAUGGCUUCCUUCCAAUCUCUUCAAGCAACCUUAGUCACAAGGGCACCUUUGACAACAAAUCCCUUGUUUGAAGGAAAUGUUUCUAUGGCAAAUCUCCCUAUCACCACAUCUACUCUUGGAAAGGAGCCAAUGUCAUAUUGCCCACCAAAUCCAAAUAUUGUUGGAAUUUCUGGGACAAAGCCAUUUGAUCUAAAUGCUGGUGUUGCUAUAGUUCAAUCUAAUGAUCAAGAAAAGACUCAAGUUGUCAAAUUAAUCACAGAGGAUGAAGACAAGGCAAUUAAAACAUUGAAAUCGAUGCAAGGUGUCCAAACUAAUAAACCGGUUGACAUCUCAUCUUUGUGCUUUUUGCCAAACAUUCAACUGCCCCGUAAGUUUAAAUUACCUGAGUUUGAUAAGUACAAUGGCACUGAUUGUCCUUAUGCCCACUUGACGAUGUGUUGUAGGAAGAUGGCUCCUUAUGCCAAUAAUGAGAAGCUAAUGAUACAUUACUUUCAGGAUAGUCUAGUAGGUCAUGUAGAUGCUUGGUUCUCUACUUUAGACAAAAGUAAGGUAAAAAGUUGGCAUGAUUUGACUUACAAUUUUAUGAAGCAGUAUGAAUACAAUACAGCACUAGCUCCUAAUAGAGAAGAUCUUCAAAUGAUAGAGAAGAAAUCGAGUGAAAGCUUUAAGGAAUUUGCUCAAAGAUGGCGUGGAUUGGUUGCUUGGGUUCAACCUCCACUGACUGAUCAUGAGUUAAGGGUUUCUAGUUCAAAGAAGGUUGGCCUAAGUCAAAAGAAAGAAAAUGACACUGGCACCAUUAGCUCAGUUUAUGAAGCGUAUGGGAGAAAUAAUCAGUCACGUCCUCGAGGGCAAUUCAAUAAUCCUUUCCAAGCCCCAACUUAUCAGCCGACAACUUUUACAAGUCAGCCAAGGCCACUUUAUGCCUUUGCUGGUCUUGUUACUCUUGUACCUAUGGUUCCAGUAAAACCACCAUUUCCAACGUGGUACAAUCCACAAGGAAGAUGUGAGUAUCACAGCGGAGGUGUUGGGCAUGACCUUGAAAAUUGUUUGGCUUUAAGGAUCGUGUUCAAGAUUUGAUAGACACUACUGGAAAACACAGUAUAUUCGACAAAAAAUUCUGUCGAAUAUAAAGGUAUUUCUGUC